AUGAUGCCGUCGGAGGCGGAGAUCUUAGUGAAUUCAGCUCCGGCCAAGAAUUUCUGGGGAGAGAUGCCGGAGGAAGACAAAUCCUACUUUGAAACACCCAACGGCAACCUCUUCACUCAGAGCUUUCUUCCCUUAGAUGGUGAAGUCAAAGGUACGGUGUACAUGUCUCACGGGUACGGUUCCGACACGAGCUGGAUGUUCCAGAAGAUCUGCAUGAAUUUCGCCACUUGGGGUUACGCCAUUUUUGCCGCCGAUCUCCUUGGUCACGGCCGCUCCGACGGAAUCCGCUGCUACGUGGGUGAUUUGGAGAAAGUUGCAGCAACAUCACUGUCUUUCUUUAAGCAUGUUCUUUGCAGCGAUCCGUAUAAGCAUCUCCCUGCUUUCCUCUUUGGUGAGUCCAUGGGAGGUCUUGCUACGCUUCUCAUGUACUUUCAGUCUGAGCCUGAUAUUUGGACCGGUAUGAUCUUCUCUGCUCGUCUCUUCGUUAUCCCGGAAGAUAUGAAACCAAAUACCUGGGCUGCAAUGCCGGAUAAUAAGAUGGCUGGAAAGGCAAUCCAUGACCCUGAAAAGCUCAAGAUCAUCGUAUCUAACCCGAACAGGUACACAGAGAAGCCUAGAAUGGGAACAAUGAGAGAGAUUCUAAGGAAGACCCAAUACGUACAGGAGAAUUUCGGGAGAGUGACUAUUCUGCUGCUGACCGUGCAUGGGACAGCAGAUGGAGUGACAUGCCCUUCAUCUUCGAAGCUACUAUACGAAAAGGCAUCGAGUGCUGAUAAAACAAUGAAGCUUUAUGAUGGGAUGUACCAUUCCUUGAUUCAAGGAGAGCCUGAUGAGAACGCUGAGAAUGUGUUGAAGGAUAUGAGAGAGUGGAUUGAUGAAAGGGUUAAGAGUCUUUGUGAUAGAGAGAAUGCACUGAAACCACCUCUAUUAGCUUCUUGUACAUCUAAUGUAUAUGUCUUAUCUUCAUAUAAUUCAUGUCCUCUAUAUACUUACAAGUUUAAAAAAGAUGUUCAACAUCCACUGAUGUACAAGCCAUUCGGGAGCAUAGCUCUCAUAAACUUAUAUGCAACCAAAGAAAGCCAUGAAGGAAAGUCGACCCUUCUCAAAGCAUAUUGCGGAAUCGAAAAGGCAUAUAUAUAG